UCCAUUCCUUUCCAAAUAAAGAAGAAAAAAAAAAGAAGAAAGACGCAAAAAAAAAAUCCAAACUUAGAAAUACCCCCAAAAAAACUCUAAAGAACGAAGAAAGACACACAUAGCAUCAUUCCGAAGGCGCUGCAAGAUUCUGAAGAAGCCUCAUUGCAGAAAGAACCUCAAUUUUCUUCUGAGCUUUCAGAAUCAAGAUUGUAUUGGUGUUGAACACCAGGCCAAGAAAUUAAUAUAAUCUUGGUCCAAGUUUGUUGGACCUGGAGAAUAUUAAUAAUUUUUAAACGUAUGGUUGGAAUUCAUUGUUUUGAUCGAAGGCAGACUCAACUAACUUCGAGUUUGAGGUCUAUUUUUCGGACCUCCCUAACAUUCUACAAUACUAAACUUUGAGAUUGCUGGAAUUAAAAGAUGAAUGUGGUGGGAAAAGUUGGAAGCUUGAUCACACAAGGUGUCUAUUCAGUUGCUACCCCUUUUCAUCCCUUUGGUGGUGCUGUUGAUGUCAUUGUUGUUCAGCAACAAGAUGGUACAUUUCGGAGCACGCCGUGGUAUGUUCGGUUUGGUAAAUUCCAGGGUGUUCUUAAAGGCGCUGAAAAGUUUGUUCGUAUAAAUGUCAAUGGGGUUGAAGCAAACUUCCAUAUGUAUCUUGACAAUUCAGGAGAGGCUUAUUUUAUAAAGGAGGUGGAUGAUGAUAAGGACAUUGAGUCAAGUGUGGCUGAUGAAGAUGCAGGUCAAUCUGAUUUUACUCAUGUCCAUAGACUUGACCAUAGUAUCUCUGAUUCGGGGGUGCUUCGGUUAAAGGCUAAUGAUCGACCUCAAAUACAAAGGGUGGAAUCUGAUCUUGAUAGGAGAUAUUAUGAACUCCAGGAUGAUGAACCUGGUGUUGACGGUUCAUUUGAGUUGUCAGAAUAUGGGUCUAAUCGAUAUGAUAAUCCCAAUGGAGAGAAUGAUUUGGACUCACAUGGUUCCCAUCCGGAAGUGGUGUUGGUUAGUGUCGAUGGUCAUAUGAUGACAGCCCCAAUAUGUGGAUCAGAGCAAAACGAUGAGGAGAAUGUGCAGUUAAAAAAUCCUCAAUUUCACCUUGGCCCAGCUGAAGGGACUGAGUUCUGUGAAGGAAAUGAGUUUACUUCUGAUGAAAAUGCUUGGGCUGCUGAUUAUAUUAGAAAGCUGGAUGAUUCAACAGAUGAUGUUCCAUCCUGUAGUUAUAACAGGAAUGGGGGUGAUACGACAUCAGAGAUUGUGGCCAAAGUUCACCAAAGAGAGGAGGUACAUGUUAGAUACGCAGAAGCGACCUUGGUGAUUAAAGAUCAAGAAAAUUAUGUGCAAUCUGAUACAGAAGAGGUUGCAUCUGGCUUGAGGAGAGAGACCGUUUUCAAAAGCUGUUUGGCAUUAGACCAAUUUGGCCAGCAGGAUGAAAAUGAUGAUUCGGAAGAUGAAGGUUCCCCAGCGAAGGUUCAAAAAUCAGCAGACGAAUAUAAUGCAAAUUGUUCAGUUGGUAAUGAAAAUGCACAAGAGAACAUUAAGAGCCCUUGCAGCAUUGAUGAGUUAUCUCCCCUUAGUAGGCCUACUUAUUCUGAUGAGAAUGGAUCUACAAAAGUGGAAUUAGGAGGAGUUCAAGAGGUUGAUGAUAAAGCAUCGGUGCAUGUUGACACUGAUUCUGGAAGUCAUUCUGUUACUAAUGAUAAUGAGACUGAAGGGAAUGAUGAACUCAUUGAAAAUUCAGUGUUGACUGAUGGGGUAGAUGAUAGUAAACAAAUUCCUGCACUUGAUGAUGCCAAUAAUCUAAGUGAGGAAAUCGAACCCCAACCAACAACUUCCAAUGAUGAGGACCAAAGUUAUUAUGGGUUGGGAUUUGAAAUAUCACUUUGUGGUCAUGAGCUUAAAGUGGGUAUGGGUUCAGUUGCUGCUGCUGAAACAUUUGAUGCACAUAGGAUAUCCGCAGAGGAAUUUAGAGCUUCUGCACCAUUAAUAAUAAAAAAUGAAAAUCUUGUUGUCAAGUUCAGAGAGAGAUAUCUGCUGUGGGAAAAGGCCGCUCCUCUUAUUCUUGGGAUGGCUGUAUUUGGUUUAGAUUCACCUGUUAAUCCCGAUGAUACAAUUCCUGUGGAACAGGGGGAUGCACUAUCCAGGGAUGGUGAUGCUGGAUCAGCUUCGUCUGGACGGAGAUGGAGACUUUGGCCUAUUCCUUUUCGAAGAGUAAAGACACUAGAGCACAGUACUAGUAAUGCAUCAAGUGAUGAGAUCUUUGUAGAUACCGAGUCCGAGUUGCAGUCUUCUCUUUUGGAUCCGAGUCCAAAAUCUUAUAAUCCUGGGUCUCCACAUAAACAAUUUGUUCGAACAAAUGUUCCUGGUAAUGAGCAGAUAGCUUCCUUGAAUCUCAAAGAAGGUCAAAAUUUGGUAACAUUCAGCUUCUCUACAAGGGUUCUUGGAACACAACAGGUUGAUGCUCACAUAUACUUAUGGAAAUGGGAUGCAAAAAUUGUAAUUUCAGAUGUAGAUGGAACUAUUACCAAGUCUGAUGUUUUGGGGCAAUUCAUGCCUUUAGUUGGGAAAGAUUGGUCACAAUCUGGAGUGGCAAGGCUUUUCUCAGCUAUUAAGGAAAAUGGUUAUCAGCUGCUAUUUCUGAGUGCUCGUGCAAUUGUCCAAGCUUAUCUAACCAGGAACUUCUUGCUUAACCUGAAACAGGAUGGAAAUACCUUACCAAAUGGACCUGUUGUUAUUUCACCUGAUGGAUUAUUCCCUUCACUAUACCGAGAAGUGAUAAGAAGAGCACCUCAUGAGUUCAAGAUUGCUUGUCUAGAGGAUAUCAAAAGACUGUUCCCUGCUGAUUACAAUCCAUUCUAUGCUGGAUUUGGCAAUAGAGACACAGAUGAACUUAGCUACAGGAAGAUAGGGAUCCCAAAAGGCAAAAUAUUUAUUAUUAAUCCUAAGGGUGAGGUAGCAAUAAGUCAAAGAAUUGAUUCAAAAUCUUACACAUCAUUGCACACCCUUGUCAAUGACAUGUUCCCACCUACUUCUUUGGUUGAGCAUGAGGACUUCAACUCAUGGAAUUAUUGGAGAGUCCCCAUUCCAGAUGUCAAUGACAAUUAGUAUAGGGUAUAAGGAUGUAAAUGGAAAUACUAUAUGUUCUUCCUUCUAUUCGAAAGUUUCCUUCUCCUAUAGGGAUUAGGGAAAUUCUUUGAUGGCAUAGAAAUUAAUGUUAGAGUCAAUCCUCAAAUAUUCAUUCAUUUGGUCCACCUUAAGCAAUAGGUUGUGUCACUAAUCAACCCAAUUGUAGAAUUUGUGGUUUACAUAUUGUACCAUAUCAGGUUUUUUCGCUUUUUUGCCCCUUAAAUGA